AUGAGUUGUUUUAAGUUGUCUUCCCAAAGUUUAGUAGAUCAAUAUUUUAAUAUUAAUGACCACCUCUAUCAAUAUAAAACAGCACAACAAACACAUCCAAAGGAACUUGACGAAUUUUUGCUUUUUGAAAAAUUCAAAUUGUUUACAGCUCAACUCAAACAAAACGAAGUUGACUUUGGCAACUCCAAUGGCUCUUCAAUUGAUGGAAAUAUAAGUUUGGCACAUUUUCAAAAUUUUCAAGCUGAAAGUCGACCAGAUUUCGACUUUUUUGAAAAUGUCGAAAAAGUUGAAAAUGAUAGAAAAAUUGUCGAUAAAUCGAUUUCAAAAAGUGUAGAUGUUUAUAUCACAAUAGAAGAAGGGUAUUGUGGGUGUGACAAAGUGGUGAGUGUGAUCACAAAUGACAACACUGAAGAAGUGUUUAUCGUUAAAAUACGACGUGGAAUUCGAGACGGAGAAGUCAUUACAACACCUCAAAUGACUUUUGUUGUGCAUUAUUUAAAACAUCAAUUUUUGUCGAGACGUGGAGACGAUUUGGUUGUCAACAAAGAAGUUUUUAUGAGUGUUGGAGUGAGACAUCCAUUGUCUUCUCUAGUUUUUGUAAGUAAAGAUAAAAACGAAUUAUUGAAGUUAAAAGGAUUUACUGACAAUGGCAAAACCGUGUUAAGCGAAGUAACUUGA